CUCCCACGUCAAACCAGAGAAUAAUUAUUUCGUUGAACAAAACAUUUUCUAAGUCUUCUCACAUAGACAGACGACCACUUCAUUAUUAUUUUCAAUUAGUGAAGACAACAAAGAAAAAAAACUGGAACCAGUUAUGUUGGUUCCAAUGAGCACACGUCGUCGAUUUCUUGUUCUUCUUCUUCUUGCAGGAUUCUCUUGCUUCUCUCCGAGACUCUGUUUAGGCGAAGACAGAAUCACGUUCUCAACUCCGAUCAACGAUUCAGAGACCCUUCUCUGUCAAAGUGGCGUUUUCAGGUUUGGCUUUUUCACUCCAGAAAAUUCCACUACUCGGUUACGUUAUGUUGGGAUCUGGUACGACAAGAUUCCAAUUCAAACUGUGGUUUGGGUUGCUAACAAAGACACUCCUAUCAACGACACUUCCGGUAUUAUCUCGAUCUCUAACGACGGGAAUCUCGUGGUUAACGAUGGUCGAAACCGCCUUCUAUGGUCCACAAACGUCAAAAUACCAGUGGCUCCAAAUGUUACUUGGGUUCAGCUAAUGAAUUCUGGGAAUCUUAGGUUACAAGAUAAAAGCAACAACGGCGAGAUUCUGUGGGAGAGUUUCAAGCAUCCUUACAAUUCUCUCUUGCCAAGAAUGGAACUUGGGACCGACGCUAGAACCGGAGAGAAUCUAAGGCUUACUUCUUGGAAAAGCUAUCAAGAUCCUUCACCAGGGAACUAUACAGCUGGUCUUGCUGAUUUCACGUUUCCUGAGCUUCUCGUCUGGAAGAACAAUGUCCCAAUAUGGCGUAGCGGUCCCUGGAACGGUCAGGUUUUCAUCGGUUUACCGAAUACGGAUUCCCUUCUGUUUCUUGAUGGGUUUAACCUAAACAGUGAUAAUCAAGGAACGUUGUCAUUGUCUUAUACGAUUGAUUCUUUCAUGUAUCACUUCAACUUGGAUCCUGAUGGAGCUUUAUAUCAAAGAGAUUGGAGUGCUUCUAUGAGAGGUUGGAGGAUCGGUGUAAGUAUUCCAUCCACAACUUGUGAUGCAUACGGUAGAUGUGGUCCAUUCGCGAUCUGCAGUUCUCGGGAAGUUCCGCCUUGUAAAUGCGUUAAAGGUUUUGUGCCGAAGAAUAACAUAGAGUGGAAUGGAGGGAACUGGAGUAAUGAUUGUGUGAGGAGAGCUCCAUUGCAGUGUGAGAGGCAGAGCAAUGCAAGUGAUGGAGGAAAAGAAGAUGGGUUUCUGAAACUGCAGAAGAUGAAAGUACCAAUCUCUGCCGAACAGUCCCUAGCUAAUGAGAACAACUGUCCUAAGGUUUGUUUAGAUAACUGUUCCUGCACGGCUUAUGCUUAUGAACGAGGAAUCGGAUGCAUGAUUUGGAGUGGUAGCUUAGUUGAUAUGCAAUCCGAUUUGAGUAAUGGCAUUGAUCUUUAUAUUCGGGUAGCGCAUUCAGAACUCGAUACACAUAGGAAUCGAACAAUUAUUAUCGCAGCAUCCGUAUUGGGCGUUGCGUUUAUUGCUGUGGUCUGCGUUCUUUUAGCAUGCCGGAAAUUAAGAAAACAUCCAGCAGCGCCAAAGAAAGAUAGAACUGCAGAGCUAUUGUUUAAGAAAAUGGAAGCACUUACAAGUGGUAACGAGUCUGCUUCUAACCAAGCCAAGUUCAAAGAGCUACCACUUUUUCAGUUUCAAGUGUUAGCUACAUCAACCGAUAACUUCUCACUCAGAAACAAGCUCGGGCAAGGCGGAUUUGGUCCUGUUUACAAGGGGAAGUUACCAGAAGGGCAAGAAAUCGCUGUCAAGAGGCUCUCACGGGCAUCAGGACAAGGGCUAGAAGAACUUGUGAACGAGGUGGUUGUGAUAUCGAAGUUGCAGCAUCGAAAUUUGGUAAAAUUACUUGGCUGUUGCAUUGAAGAUGAAGAAAGGUUAUUAGUCUAUGAAUACAUGCCAAAGAAAAGCUUGGAUGCAUAUCUAUUUGACCCAUUGAAGCAAAAGAUUCUUAACUGGAGGACUCGGUUCAACAUAAUGGAAGGGAUAUGUAGAGGUCUUUUGUACCUUCACAGAGAUUCUAGGCUGAGAAUUAUUCACAGAGAUCUAAAAGCUAGCAACAUCUUGUUGGAUGAGAAUCUGAUCCCGAAAAUAUCUGAUUUCGGGUUGGCCAGAAUUUUUCCAGGGAAUGAAGAUGAAGCAAACACCAGAAGGGUCGUUGGAACAUACGGUUAUAUGUCACCAGAAUAUGCAAUGGGAGGACUGUUUUCUGAGAAAUCUGAUGUUUUCAGCUUAGGAGUUAUACUCUUAGAAAUUGUCAGUGGAAGAAAAAAUUCAAAUUCGACUCUUUUAGCUCAUGCAUGGUCAGUCUGGAACGAAGGGGAGAUUAAUGGUCUGAUAGAUCCUGUGAUAUUUGACCAAGUCUUUGAAAAAGAAAUACGGAAAUGCGUUCACAUUGGGCUUUUGUGUGUGCAAGAAGCUGCUAACGAUAGGCCAAGUGUUGCUACAGUGUGUUCAAUGCUCAGCAGCAAGAUCGCAGACAUUCCAGAGCCAAAACAGCCUGCUUUUAUAUCAACGAACGAUGUCAACAACAACGACCUUAAAGCCUCUAUCAACAUUGUCACCAUCACUGAUGUCAUUGGACGUUAGAACCCGUAGAAUCAAAACGUAUGUGUAGUUCAAGAAACUUUUCAAGUAUGGCCAGAGGGUAUAUUUCAUCUAUGUUUAAUCUUUAGGGAAUAAAUUCAUACAUGUAGUAAUGCACAAGUACUUUAUAACAAAUUCCCACUGUACGAUAUCAAAAUAUGUAAAUCAAGAAUCAUCCUCUUAAAAUAGAGUUACA